GGAAAUGACAAACGACGUGGAGAUGAAAUCAGAGACUGAAGAGCUUCCACCAUUCCCCACUGUUCAUAUUCUUCAGGUCGUAAAAGACGCUCAACAGCAACACGGUUUACGACAUGGUGAUUAUGCUCGCUAUAGAAAGUACUGUGCAGCAAAGUUGGAGCGCAUGAGAAAAGCAUUGAAAUUCACGAAUUCGCACAAUUGCCAGAAGAAGAGAAAAGCGAAGUUUGUCAAAAAGUGGCUUUCUGUGGAGUCGGUGCAAAAUGUGCAAUUUCUUAAUUUUGGAAUUUUCGAAUCAGAGCGGAGAUACGCUGAAGCAAUGAUUGACAAGAUCACGCUUGAAGACAACCCAGAAAAGUCAAGAAAGAAGUUUUCAAUGAUAAAUUCACUCCGUAAGGCUGUUCUUCACGCUACAAAUCUCGAAAAAAUCGUCCAGGAAAGCGAAAGAUUUGACGCUCCAACAAAACUCGAAGCGCAAGCUUAUGCAGCAUGGAUGCGUGGAAUGUGCUCUUUUGAAUCUCGAAACUGGCAGAAAGCAUCUGAAUCCCUCAAGCUCGCUAAAACUGUUUAUGAGAAGCUUGCUGAAGCCACCAACAACACUACACUUUCUUCGAUUUUCAAGGGUCGUUGUCGUGAAAUUCAACCUCAACUUCGACUUUGUGAAUUCAAUAUCGCCGAGUCUCCUGGUGCUGUUGGAACAAUGACAGAGCUUAUGGAAUUGAGAAUGCAAAUGGGAGAAGGAGGAGACAGUUCUGUUGAUAAACUAAUCUCGGAAAUGCGAGCUUCUGCUACAUCCGCUGAAGUUGUCACCAUCGAAUGGGGAGGAGCUAAGAGUACUGUUGACGAUGAAAAAGCAAAGCAAGUUGUUCAAGAAUGGAAGCAAACAGAAGUCGAAUUGGCACAAUGCCAAACUCCAAAAGAGAAAAUGGCUCUCUUUGAAAAAGCCACCGCUGAUACUCGUGAUGCUAUAGAUCGAAUUUCGGAUAUUAUUCGCCGUAAAAGUUCUGAAAAUGCUGACACGACUGUUCUUCAAUCAAUCAAGGCUUAUUUGGAAUUCCUGAAAAUGAACGGAACUGCUUCGCGUUACUUGGCUAUUAUUGAUAACACAAAAAGUGAAAAGAAGAGCAAACCUCAAGAUCUUUUGAGACUCUACGAUUCUGUUAUCGAAAUUUACAAAGAAGUCGCAGAAAUCCCGGGAGCUGAUCAUGACAAAAAUCUUAUUCAAGCAUUUGAAGUCAAAGUUGAGUACUACAGAGCUUUCAGAUGUUUCUAUAUGGCUUCUUCUUAUUCUGCUCUUCAUAAGUACAGUGAAGCCGCUGCUCUCUUUGACAGAACUGUUUCUCGAGUUCAAGAUGCAGAAGGAAAACUUAAGAAAUUAAAAUCGAGCUCAUUUAUCACCAAUGAAACUCAAUCGUCAUUGAAUGAGCUCCGAUCUGAAGUGGAAUCUGCGAAGGUUACUGUACGAGCUGCUCGUUUGGCUUCCGCUGCUGGAGAUGUUAAAACCGAUUCGGAACUUGCCAAGAUUAUUGAUAAACGCCCACUUCUGGAGACAGUCAAUGAAUGGCGUCAAUGGGAUGUUCGUAACUCCUUGAAAGAUAAAAAGACAAUUCCAGUUGCCAGUUUACCACCAGCUUUUAUUCCAAUGCCGAACAAACCUAUUUUCUUCGAUUUGGCAAACUUCCAUCUUACCAUGCCCAAUGUUGAUGACCGUCUUGAAAAACUCCAAAAAGAUCGUGAUGCUACUCCAAAGAAGGCAGCGAAAGGAUCUUCUGCAGCAGCUGCUUCGUCAAAAACUUCAAAUCAAGAAGAAGAAGAACAACAAGGACUUACUGGAAUGCUUUCCGGGUGGAAAAAGAGUUUCUGGGGAAAUAAAUAAGACUACGAAGACGUUGAAUAGAGUAUUAAUUAUCAUUUGUUACUGUUGUUUCGUUGUCCAUAGAUACCUCUUGCAUCGGCCCAGUUUCUCAUAUUUAAUGUUUUUUUUCUGGUUUUUCACACAGUUCUUCUGUUCUUUCCUGUCUUCAAUUUUCUGAGAUUUUGUUACAAAGUAACAUUUCUCUAAAUUUCUUGUGAUACCAUAUUCAUUUCUACCCCAGACUUUUUGCUCUUUUUUUAUGGUUUGAUUCAAAAAUAGCUAAGGUAUUUAUUUGAUACCUUCAUCCACACCUUUCCCCUGCCCUCAUCUCUUCUUGGAAACUUCGUUUUUUAUUGGAACGGCGUUUCGUACUAUUCGGAAUCAGAGUCUCGUUUUAAUAAAGAUAUUUAUUGUG